CUGUCUUCUCUGUAGUAUAACUUCGUGGGCAGAAUCCUGGGGCCUCGUGGACUCACCGCCAAGCAGCUGGAAGCGGAGACUGGAUGUAAAAUCAUGGUGCGAGGCAAGAGCUCCAUGAGGGACAGAAAGAAGGAGGAGCAGAACAGAGGCAAGCCCAACUGGGAACAUCUGAACGAGGACCUGCACGUCCUGAUCACGGUGGAGGACACACAGAAGCGCGCUGAGAUCAAGAUGAAAAGAGCCUUAGAGGAGGUCAAGAAGCUCCUGGUGCCCGCGGUGAGUAAUACUGCCAUGAGGAAUAGUCAGUUUGGUGCCCUGCUGUGAGUAAUACUGCCAUGA